UAACUCAAAAUAAUUUGGGCGAUUUAUCCCGAGUGAGUGACACGGGCGCCGAGCACCCGUUACUCUUUUUGAAAAAUUUCUCGCUCUAGGGUUUCAAAUUAUCUGUCAAUCAUCCACCACAUUUCCUUCAAUUCUUUCUGUUUUCAUUAUAAUAAUUUCAAUUGAAUUUCAUGCUAUAAUCCAAAUCACACAACUUUAUUACCUCAUCAAACCCUAAUCACUCAUGAACUUCACCGAUCCAGCAAUGUCACUCUUGGCCGCUACCGGCGGCGACACCGUCAAGCUCUUCGACGUUUCAAUAGAUCCCGGCGAUCCCUGUGUUCUCAGCCACACGCCGUCACCUGGUUCUCAAGUUAAUUCUGUCAAGUGGAACCACACCAAUUUGGUGGUGGCAAGUGCUGGUGAUGAUAAGCGGAUAUCGUUGUGGCGGAAGAAUGGUCAGAGUAUGGGGACUAUUCCUGCUGCUGGUACUGAUAGUGGUGAUAAUAUUGAGGAGUCUAUUUUCACUAUCAGCUUUAGUACCAAAGCGUCACGUUACAUUUGUUCCGGUGGAAGUGGUCAAGUUGUGAGAAUAUGGGAUCUGCAGAGAAGGAGAUGUAUAAAGUGGUUAAAAGGUCACACAGACACAAUAACAGAUGUCAAAUAUAAUUGCAGAGAUGAACAUUUAGCUUCCAUUAGUCUCGGUGGUGAUCUUAUUAUUCACAAUCUUGGAUCGGGUGCAAGGGCUACCGAACUCAAGGAUCCUAAUGGGCAGGUCUUGCGGGUGCUUGAUUAUUCACGGGCUAGCAGGCAUCUUUUAGUGACAGCUGGCGAUGACGGUUCUGUUCAUCUAUGGGAUACAACGGGUCGCAACCCAAAAGUUUCUUGGUUAAAGCAACAUUCUGCACCGACAGCUGGCAUUAGUUUUUCGCCGUCUAAUGACAAGAUAAUCGCUAGUGUCGGACUCGAUAAAAAGUUAUACACCUUUGACUCGGGAGUUAGAAGACCCUCGUUUUGCGUGCCAUACGAGUCACCUUUUUCUUCAGUGGCAUUUCAUGAUGAUGGAAACACACUGGCAGCUGGCACAACAACUGGACAGGUGGUAUUUUACGAUGUGCGUGCAAAGCCACAACCUAUUACCGUUCUUCGUGCUUAUGCUAAUUCUGAGGCUGUCACAAGUUUAUGCUGGCAAAGAUCAAAACCGAUUUUUGUAAACGAAAAGACGUGUACACCUGAUACGGCUCUCAUGGGUGGUACCGUGGAUGAUUCGAUUGUUAUGCCGGACCCGCUUCCGUCAUCAACAACAUCUGCUACUUUAAUUUCCGGGUCCCGUAACUCUGGUAAUGAUUCAUUUGCAGCAGCGGAAGAAACGCCAUUGAGAAGCUCUUUAAGGGUUGGCAGAUUACACGUGUCGCGUGGUUUUAAUAUUAAAGAUGACAUGGAGGUGUUUUCUCCACUUGUGGAAGUUCAACCGAUUACACCGUCCUUUGAUAAGUUAUUUGAAGGAACCAAAAACGAUUUUAAUAAAAAGACUGCUCUGUUGUUUCCUUCGUCGAAAAGAUUUUCGCUUGCAACCGAUGUUGGCGGUGAUCAUCCUCACUCGAUUUUUGACUCGAAAAGAUUCUCGCUUGCAACUGAUAUUGGCGGCUCAACUUUGGCACAGGAUGACAACCACAAUUCUGUAUCUCAACCAUUAUCAUCUCCCGUAUCAUCAAAACCCGAUGAACCGUCAUCGAUAACUCCUCCGGAAGCUUGGGGUGGCGUGUCAGAUAAAUUUAUGCGUCCACGUCAACAAGGGACACUACCCUCUCGCUUUGCCACAUUGGCAUCUUCGUCUAGUUUAUCUUCAGGAUCCAUGAUGGCGGGACUUCAAGACCUAAGUUUGCCGUCAACCCAAACGGGUAUUAAUUUCCGGGUCAGGGAUAACUCGUCAAGUCAAGAGAGUCCGUUGACUUAUUCAGAAAUCCCGUUUGGCUCUACUCCUCUUUCACUUGGUUUGAAAGGGAAUUUAGAUUCUUCUGGACUUGCGUUGACCCAAACACGGAGAUUUAGAAGCUAUGAUGAGAGGAUGAGUACUAAUGCGGCUUACAGUGACGGGACAUCUAUUGCUAUGGGGUCCCCAAAAACAAAGAAAACAGGGCCUGAAACGAGAGAAGAAAUUUUGAAUAGCUUUACACCAAGGCAUGAGACGUCGGCUGUCACGGAAUCGGGAAUUACUCCAUCUGCAAAUGGUAUGGACACGCAACCCCAAAAAUCACCGUUGCAUCCUAAUUCACAGCAGCAGCAACAGGGAUCUUCUUCUUUCUCACUUCAACUAUUUCAAGGCACGCUUGACGAAGCUCUUGCUUCUUUUCAGAAAUCCAUUCAUGAAGAUGUUAGAAACCUUCACAUUGAAGUUUUAAGGCAAUUUCAUAUGCAAGAGGUGCAAAUGUCAAAUGCAAUGAGCUCAAUUUUGGAAACACAAGCAGAGCUUAUGAAGGAAAUCAAAGCAUUACGCAAAGAAAACCAGGAACUCCGCCAGCUGCUGUGAACAUUAGCUGUUUACUCGCGUGUCGUGUUUUUAUAAAUCAUUUAAAUUUGCUUUUUCAUUGCAAAUUAACCAUCUUUCUUAGUGUGAUUUUCUUUGUAAUAUUAAAAGAUACUGAUGGUUUUUGUGUAAAGAAAAGUUAAGUGGCAUGGUUUCAAAUGGGUGAAAAUUCAUUUUCAACAUAAAA